GUGGACCAUCCAGAAAGUCCCUGAAAUCAUAUUUAAUUUCUUCUUGAGCUAAGCAAUAAAUAAACCCCAAACAACAUCCUCUCUUCUGCUUCCCUCCAAGGACAUUGCAAUGGCAGAGUCUUCUGGUUCCUCAGUGCAGAAAGAAGAAGAAAUAGUUGUCAAGAUUGACGGUAAAGAAACGGGGAGUGCUUCAAAGUCCACCGGUGAGAGCUCAGUCAGGAGAGUCCCUCGCUCCGUUAAGAAAUUCAAAGUUUCAUUUGAAGAAGUAUUGACUGAAGCACUUAAACAAAGGAGAAAGAACACCUCCGGCCCUGAAAAGAGCCUGCGGUCUGGAGAGGAAGACGGCUCUCAGUCUAUUUCAGAUUCUUCUUUUGCAAGGAACUCAUGGAGGGUUGUGGUGAAUAAGGCCAAGUCCAGGUUGAUUGACCCACCUGAGGAACCAUAUCAAAGAAAUGAUGGUAUGAGCUCUGCAGAAGAAUUUCAUGAUGAAGAUGAUGGUGACAUUGAAGACAUUUCAGAGGAAGACAAGUGUACGAAACUUGGGACAUUGACAUUACUUCAAUGGGUUAGUCUGGCUCUAAUUUCAGCAGCCUGGCUCUGUAGCAUCACCAUUCCUGCUAUAAAAAGGCAAAAACUUUGGGAUCUUCCAUUGUGGAAAUGGGAGAUAAUGGUCUUGGCAUUAAUCUGCGGACGAUUAAUAUCAGGUUGCGCAAUUCGUAUUGUUGUCAUCAUUAUAGAGCGCAAUUUCCUCCUCCGGAAAAGGGUUCUUUAUUUUGUCUAUGGAUUGAAGAAGGCUGUGCAAAAUUGCCUCUGGUUGGGUCUGGUUUUGCUUGUUUGGCAUUUUGUCUUCGACGAAGGGGUGAAGAAGGAGAGCAAAAGUCAGGUUCUGACUUAUGUAACCAGGAUGCUGGUGUGUUUCUUGGCUGGAAACUUGAUUUGGCUCGUGAAAACCCUCCUAGUUAAAGUCCUUGCUUCAUCGUUUCAUGUAAGUACCUUCUUUGAGAGAAUCCAGGAGGCUUUGUUCAAUCAGUAUGUAAUUGAAACUCUCUCCAAUCCACCUGUGUUUGAACUUCAUAGACCUCAAGAUGAAGAAGAGCAGGAGUCUCAGAAUGCAGAUAAUACUCAGACUGGUAACCUCAGGGAACCCCUCCUUACGAAGAACCACAAGUUUUCGUCGGUGAUGUCUGGGAAGAAAGAGGAGAAGAUCCGGAUUGAGCAGCUGCAGAAACUGAAUCAGAAGAAUAUAUCAGCUUGGAAUAUGAGGAGGAUGAUUAACAUCUUCAGGCAUGGACGAUUAGCUACUUUGCAUGAAAGGAUACUGAAUUCAGGCAGAGGAGACGAGUCAGCUGUGCAGAUUAGGAGUGAAUCUCAAGCAAAAGAAGCAGCAAAGAAGAUUUUUCAGAAUGUAGCUAAGCCAGAUUCUCAAAACAUCGACCUUGAUGAUAUGAUGCGCUUUAUGGGUAGAGAAGAGGCUGUAAAAGCAAUGCAACUCUUUGGAGCAACAUGCAAAGAUGAAGGAAUCAGCAAGUCUUUACUGAAUGAUUGGCUGGUUAACGCCCUUAGAGAGCGCCGGGCACUUGGAUUGUCUCUAAAUGAUACAAAAACAGCUGUCGAUGAACUUCACAACAUGCUGAACAUUCUGGUAGCAAUCAUCAUUGUCAUAAUCUCGCUGUUCAUCCUUGGAAUCCCAGUGACACACUUCCUUGUCUUCAUAAGCUCACAGCUUCUUGUAGUUGUCUUUAUAUUUGGAGACACCUGCAAGAGAACAUUUGAAGCAAUCAUCUUUUUGUUCGUUAUGCACCCAUUUGACGUGGGAGAUCGCUGCGAAAUUGAUCAAGUUCAGAUGAUAGUUGAAGAAAUGAAUUUGUUAACAACAGUUUUCUUAAGGAAUGAUCGCCAAAAAGUCACAUACCCCAACAGUGUUCUAUCAACCAAGCCCAUUGGAAACUUCUACAGGAGUCCAGACAUGAUUGAAAUUAUUGAAUUCUGCAUCCAUAUCUCAACUCCAACAGAAAAGAUUGCCCUCAUGAAAGAAAAGAUAAUCCAGUACAUAGAGAGUAAGGAGGAACAUUGGCAAAAAAAUCCAACAGUGGUUUUGAAGGAUGUAGAAGACAUGAAUAAGCUGAAGUUUAUGGUGUGGUCUAAGCACAGAAUGAACUACCAGGACAUGAUGGAGAGAUGGCUUAGGAGAGGCCUUUUAAUGGAAGAAAUGAUCAAAGUGUUUAGGCAUCUUGGAAUUGAAUACCGCUUGCUUCCUUUGGAUGUGAAUGUCCAUAAAAUGCCUGCUUUGGUUUCUCUUGGGCAUCCUUCCAAUUAAUAGUAUGCUCAUCUUCGGUGGAUCGAUUUGUAAUUGGAUGUCUUAAAUUGUGCUGUGAAGUAAUCGCUAUAAUAGUAGAGCGCUUGCUUGAAUGAACCCUACCAAAUGUGAAUUUAUACAAAGGAAAAUUAGUUCCGAGGAGAGUAAUUUUAGUUUGGAAAAGUUAAAAUAAAUGUUUUUUUUUUCU